CAUUCAACCUCUGUAGUCAGCAGAACGAGUGGCUGAGCAGAGCAACACAGCAUCCACAGCUACAGCAUCCUGCAGAUGACUCUGCUCUAUGGAUGAGAGGAAGGGAGAAAAGAGCCUGUGUUGAAAAGAACACGAUAGACUCUCAGAUGAAGAAAGGCAGAGAGGAUAAGAAAAGCACAGAGGGAAUAAGAGUGCAAAAUAAAAGGAAGUGAGUAAAUGCCGCUGCCUGAGGACCACUGCAGCUAUACUAAAUCUGGAGCUGUCAGGGCAACCCUCAAAAAGCCAGUGAGUGAGAGAGGCAAGGGAGCACGGAAGAAAAGAAGUGACUUGAAGAGCUGAUCUCAUCACUCUGGACAAGCAAGAAUGGGAACCCCGGGAGCCUCUCCGUCAGCAGAUCAAACUUCACACAGGAAUAACGUCUUCAGAUCAUCAGUCUAAACCUGCUUCUUCAGAGGAGCGAUAAAGCAGAGUAGAGGUAUAUCCUGAUAGGUCCUGGAAGGUUGUACAAACCUUUUACAGGAUCUCCAACUGCUGCGCCACUCAGCACAGUUUAAGUCCCUACUGUCCUCUUCCCUCAUCAGUUCUCCAUCACACCUGCCUGAUCCUGGUGGAUGUCUUCUCUGCAUGUCCUCUCACUGCUCAGCAGUUGAACACACUCAUGGUGGAUGCCAAGGGAAGGAACAUGAAAUGUCUGACUUUCUUCUUAAUGCUACCCGAAUCUGUGAAAAGCAAGUCAAGCAAAAGCUCCAAGAAAGGGAAUGUCAGUGGCAGCUCCAAGCUGCCCCCAGUCUGUUAUGAGAUAAUCACUCUCAGGAGCAAGAAAAAGAAGAAGAUGGCAGCGGAUAUUUUUCCCACCAAAAAGCCGGCAUCCACCACCACGGUGCAACAGUAUCAACAGCAGAACCUCAACAACAACAACACCAUACAGAACUGUAACUGGCAGGGACUCUACUCCACAAUAAGAGAAAGAAAUUCAGUUAUGUUCAACAAUGAAUUGAUGGCAGACGUUCACUUUGUCAUGGGUCAACCUGGACGGACACAGCGGCUGCCAGGACACCGAUAUGUGUUGGCUGUGGGUAGCUCAGUUUUUCACGCCAUGUUUUAUGGUGAACUUGCUGAGAACAAGGAUGAAAUCCAUAUUCCAGAUGUGGAACCAGCAGCAUUUCUGGCAAUGCUUAAGUACAUUUACUGUGACGAAAUUGACCUGACUGCUGACACUGUGUUGGCCACUCUUUAUGCUGCCAAGAAGUACAUAGUCCCUCACCUGGCACGUGCCUGCGUCAACUUCCUGGAGACGAGCCUUAGUGCCAAAAAUGCCUGUGUGUUACUCUCCCAGAGCUGCCUGUUUGAGGAGCCAGAGCUGACGCAGCGUUGCUGGGAGGUGAUUGAUGCCCAAGCUGAGCUGGCGUUACGUUCGGAAGGCUUUUGCGACAUUGAUGCCCAGACCCUGGAGAGUAUCCUACAGCGAGAGACACUCAAUGCUAAAGAGAUAGUGGUGUUUGAGGCUGCGCUUAACUGGGCUGAGGCAGAGUGCCAGAGACAGGAGCUCACUUCUUCAACUGACAACAAGCGUAAGGUUUUGGGAAAGGCCAUGUACCUGAUACGUAUCCCUGCAAUGGCUCUGGAUGACUUUGCCAAUGGAGCAGCCCAGUCUGGCGUGUUGACACUUAAUGAGACUAAUGACAUCUUCCUGUGGUACACAGCAGCCAAGAAGCCUGAACUGGAGUUUGUCAGUCAGCCUAGAAAGGGCCUGACACCACAGCGUUGCCACAGAUUCCAGUCUUGUGCCUACCGGAGCAAUCAGUGGCGCUAUAGGGGCCGCUGUGACAGUAUACAGUUCGCUGUUGACAAGAGAGUAUUCAUUGCUGGGUUCGGCCUGUAUGGAUCCAGUUGUGGCUCAGCAGAGUACAGUGCCAAGAUAGAGCUGAAACGCCAAGGCAUACUGCUGGGGCAGAACCUCAGCAAAUACUUCUCAGACGGAUCCAGUAAUACCUUCCCAGUAUGGUUUGAGUAUCCAGUCCAAAUUGAGCCUGACACAUUCUACACUGCCAGUGUAGUUCUCGAUGGGAACGAGUUAAGCUACUUUGGACAAGAAGGAAUGACAGAGGUACAGUGUGGGAAAGUCACAUUUCAGUUCCAGUGUUCCUCAGACAGCACCAAUGGCACCGGGGUGCAGGGAGGGCAGAUUCCUGAACUUAUCUUCUAUGCUUGACAAUAGCUGUGCACAUUAUUGGACUGACUUUCAGUGCACUUAUUGAAAAAAAGAAAAAAUAUAUCACUUUGUGCAUACUGUCACUUGUUAUUUAUUUUUGUCACAGCUAGAUCUCAGACCUAUGUGUGGUUUUGAUUUUCAGUAAAUGGUCCACUUAAGUAGGACCUGUUGACAUUUCAAGAUGUUCUUUUAUCCCAAAAAAUGGAUUAACUGUCCUUAAGUCCUAAAAUAAGUAAUACAAAAAGAUAUCUUGCACCAGAUGUGGAUGUAAAUAUAAAUAUAUGUAAAUUCUGAAAUGUAUACGAUGCCGCAGCUGUGGCCAAUGCUGUCUGUAAAGAUAUCUUAUAUAAUGAAAAUGCUACCGUAUGUUUAUUAUUUCUAUGCUUGCAUAGAGUGCACAUAAAUAGCAGCAAUAGAUCACACUUAUGCUUUGAUCAUUUCAUGACGAGUCAGUCUGGACUAUCAACAUCAUAGUAGAAGUAAAGAAGGCUGUAUGAUGAAAACACUUUCUUAUUGUAGUAUGUAGUCAUUUUUUCCAACUGGUUUGUUGAAUCUAGACCAGUAACAACCCACUAAUAGAGGGCUUAAAGACUUAGAUUAGGGAGCACUACAUAUGCUGAGUCACAUAACUUCUCCAGUAACAUGUUGCUCUGUACUUGCACUCAUUUCAGUGAGGUCUUAUUAAAGACAUAUUUAUUAUGUUUACAGUAAAAUCGGGACUGAGAAUCAUAAUCAUUCAUCACAUGUUAAGUAGCGUUAUCUAUCUAUAUGUGUUUCCACUGCAUUUCUCAUAAACUAGUUCCUUUUUAUCUGAAAUGUACCACUAAUUGUCCUGGCUCCUGGGUUCUGUUUACAGUAAAAAGAUCAAGGAUUGAUUCAGUGUUAGAAGCUGCUUUGUAUCUUAUGGACUUUUAUUUCUCUCUGUUAACAACCCUGUGUGUUCUGAAAUGUGGAGCACUCCCUCCCAAUGUGAUCCAAUGGUACCAACAUUUACAAAAGCAUACUGUAUAUGCUACACAGUUGCACUGAUGUCGGUUUGUGAAUGAGUUAUUUUGGUUUACUUGCUUGUUUUAAUGAGGCUUUUUGUUCAGUUUUUUCUUUUUUCUUAAUUUUCUGUGAGACUUAAUAUUCUUUCUGGUGUAGGUUGAACAUCUAAAGUCUUGUCUGCUGACAGCAAUGGAUGGUUGAACUGGUGUUCAUGUCCUGUGUUUACGUGCUGGAAGACCAACGAAUGUGUAUGGUUGUUAAUAAUGCAAAUAAACAAAGCAAGUGGUA